CAGUCUGUGCUCAGGCAGACUGGAGCUGAAGUCUGACCAGUCUAACCAGAGCUGGUCCUCAGUGUGUGAAGCUGACUUUGACCAGCAGGAUGCAGAGGUGGUCUGCAGGGAGCUUGGCUGUGGGGCUCCUUCAGUCCUCCAGGGGGCGCUCUAUGGAGAAGGGGAGGCUCCAAUGUGGACCAAAGAGUUCCAGUGUGGAGGAAAUGAGUCUGCUCUCCUGGACUGUAGAAGCUCAGGCUCAGAUAGAAACACCUGCUCACCUGGCAGAGCUGUUGGACUCACCUGCUCAGAGUCUGUCAGGUUGGUGGGAGGAGACAGUCGCUGUGCAGGAACACUGGAGCUGAAACAUGAAGGAGAAUGGAGACCAGUGGUUGGUCGUUACUCUGACUGGACCCUGAAGGAAGCAGCAGCUGCCUGCAGAGACUUAGACUGUGGUUCUGCUGUUUCUGUAGAACGGAGAGCGGAGUCCUCAGUCAGAUCUGUGUGGUGGAUCAGCUCUGUCUGUGACCUGUCUGGAUCUGCUCUGAGGGACUGUGCAUUUUCAGAUUCCUCUGAGUUUAUCCUGGAUCUCGUCUGUUCAGACCUGCUGCUUCAGCCCAACAUCUCCUGGUCCUCCUCCAUGGACGGGGUCUCUGAGGCCCAGCAGCAGCAGCAUCAGGAGGAGUUUCAGGUUUUCAGAGGCUCCACCUUCACCAUCAGCUGCUCCAUCCAGCCUCAGUACCCAGGAGGCUCCUUCCAGCUCUCCUUCACCUCCUCCAACUCAUCAAUCAACUACACCCAGCCAGCUGUCAAUCACUCUGCUGACUUCCUGUUUCCUAACCUCACCCAGCCAGCUGUCAAUCACUCUGCUGACUUCCUGUUUCCUAACCUCACCCAGCCAGCUGUCAAUCACUCUGCUGACUUCCUGUUUCUUAACCUCACCCAGCCAGCUGUCAAUCACUCUGCUGACUUCCUGUUUCCUAACCUCACCCAGCCAGCUGUCAAUCAGUAUGCCCACUUCCUGUUUCCUGCUGCAGAGCCCGCCCACCAAGGAAGCUACAGCUGUGUUUAUCACGUCCAUGUUUUCUCUCAUAACUUCUCCUCUGAGAGCCGUCAGCUCUCUGUCUCUGUUGUAGAUCCGAGACCUUUUAUCAUCAGAGCGGUCGUCCUGCCGCUGAUUCUGCUGGUGGCGAACAUUGCCUCUUACUUCUAUUUUAAGACCCACAGGGUCUACAGGGUCUACAGGGUGCAGAAGCCCCGCAGACGGGAGGACGUGGAGCUGGAUUAUUAUAACCUGGGUGUUCCUGCAGCUGAAGGAGGGCCGACUGAAGAAUAAGGAGCUCAGGGAGCAGAGUAGCACCUCCAAGCAGCUCGUCUCACACCCACAUGGAUUUAUAUUCACAAGUUCCCUUCAAUAAUCAGGAUUUGUUACAUUACAUUAUGUUGAAAAGACCACAACAUGUCCCUGAGCCUAUCGGUUCCUCCAGAAGACCUAAAACACCUCACUAAAGUAAGAGGUGAGAGCAGGUCUACAGAGUCCAAGCAGCCGGCACGA